CUCACCGACCGAACUCACCCACUCUCCCGUUACCCGGAAGUAUGCAGAAUUCCCAAAGAUGGCGGAACAAGGUCCGAUGGCGAUAGCGAUGCGGCUAAGAAACCAGCUGCAGAAUGUCUACAAGCUCGACCCUUUAAGGAACGAGGAAGAAGUAAAAAUAAAGAUAAAGGACCUAAACGAACACAUUGUGUGCUACCUGUGUGCAGGAUACUUCAUCGACGCAACCACCAUUACAGAAUGCCUCCAUACGUUCUGUAAGAGUUGCAUUGUGAAGUAUCUCCAGACCAGCAAGUAUUGUCCAAUGUGUAACAUCAAAAUCCACGAAACACAACCCCUGCUGAAUCUAAAGCUGGACAGAGUAAUGCAAGACAUUGUGUUCAAACUAGUCCCAGGGCUACAAGAGAGUGAAGACAAAAGAAUUAAAGAAUUUUAUCAGUCACGGGGUCUUGAACGCAUCAUACAGCCACCCGGAGAAGAUUCGGUUCCAAUUUGGAGUGGCUUUGACCACUCCAAAGCUCAUUUCUACAGAUACGAUGAGCAGGUCUCUCUAUGUCUGGAAAGGCAAAGCUCGUCAUUAUCUGGAAAAGACAAAAAUAAAUUAACUCUACAGCAGAAAUUUGUGCGUUGUUCGGUCAGGGCUGAGGUACAGCACCUGAGGAAAGUGUUAUGUCAUCGACUGAAUGUGGAAAAACAUCAGGUCCAGAUGUUAUUCAAUAAUGAAUCUCUCCCUGAUCACAUGACCAUGAAGCGUCUCUGGCUGUCUCACUGGUUUGGAAAGGUAUCACAGUCUCAUGCGUCUCCAGCUAAUUUCAUACUGCAUUCUUUCACACUAUCAGCCCAUUUGCUUUUCCUAGCUCACUAGUGAUUUGCUGUGCUCUGUUUUAAACACUGAGUAAGUCUUCUCGGAGCAAUCGCAGGCAGAUUUAAGAUUUAUUAGUGGAAAAGCCAUAUGCCUGAUGUCGCCUUGUGGUCUGAACAAUGGGAUGGAAGUGCUAUUCUCCAUAUUGCUCUGGUUGGUGGGGCAUCAAAGUGUUGUGAGAAUUUAGCGCUAGCAGUUCCAUACCUCAUCAGUUUUAAUGUGCGGUGGAUUAAGUUCUGCCUACCCUCUUUGAAUAGUGUCAAAGUGAUUAGCCUGUCAACAAUAUUAUACUCUGAUGCUCUUUAAAUUUAGGGUCUUUUAUUCAUUUUUCUUUUCUUCAUGUUUUCCCCCUUUUCUCUUCCCUCCCUUCUUUUAGGCACAACCGCUGGUUCUUCAUUAUGCCAUAAAAGACAAGCGAACAAGAUAGGAUUGUGUAAAAAAAAAAAAAAAAAAAAUCAAAAA